GGACAAGUCACCGCGUAAUACUUGAACAACUCUCUCGGCUCCGCAAUGAAUAACUGGCGUCCCCUCCAACCCAUUCCAAUUUCAGAAACCAACACCGACAGCAACAGCAAGCUUGCUUGGCCUUGACUGAAAACCCUAAUCUCAUCUCUGUCUAUCUCUAUCCCCCAAAUCCAUUCAUUUCGCUCAGAUCUUUCUUUGCCAUCAUUCGAAUCGAUCCGCUCCAUCUGAUUCGAGAAGAAUUCGCUAUGGCGAAAGCCAGAUACUCCCGCUUUCCGUCUCGGAAAUCCAAUUCAUCCACCAUGAUUUUCACCAUGCUCCUCAUGUUCACCUUCGUCAUUCUCAUCCUCCUCGCCCUCGGAAUUCUCUCCAUUCCCAGCAAUUCUGGCGGCUCCGGGAAAGCGCACGAUCUCAGCAACAUUGUCCACAAUCAAGCGGACAGCAGCGCCGAGGACCAAGGGAAAUCGGAGCCUUGGGCUGAAGUCAUCUCCUGGGAGCCUCGCGCCUUCGUCUACCAUAAUUUUCUCAGCAAGGAGGAGUGCGAGUACUUGAUCAGUCUUGCGAAGCCUCAUAUGGUGAAGUCCACAGUUGUUGAUUCCGAAACUGGAAAAAGCAAAGAUAGCAGAGUUCGUACAAGCUCUGGAACAUUCUUAGCUCGAGGGCGGGACAAAGUCGUCCGGGAAAUUGAGAAACGGAUUGCUGAUUUCACCUUCAUACCUGUAGAACAUGGGGAAGGGCUUCAAAUCCUUCAUUACGAAGUCGGGCAGAAAUAUGAGCCCCACUUUGAUUACUUUAUGGAUGAUUACAACACCAAGAAUGGGGGACAACGCAUAGCUACCAUUCUUAUGUACCUGUCCGACGUUGAAGAAGGUGGUGAGACAGUUUUCCCUUCUGCAAAAGGGAACUACAGUGCUAUCCCGUGGUGGAACGAGUUAUCCGAAUGUGGGAAGAAAGGGCUUUCAGUCAAACCUAAGAUGGGUGAUGCAUUGCUUUUCUGGAGCAUGAAACCUGAUGCCAGUCUGGAUCCUUCAAGUUUGCAUGGUUAGUAUAAUCAGCCUGAUUUUGGACUUGGCCAUUGCCUUUUAGUUGAGCAUGAUUGCUGUGCUACUCCAUGAAAAGUGCACCCUCACCAAAAUGAUUCUAUUCACAUUGCCUUCUCCUCUUCAGGUGGUUGUGCUGUGAUUAAAGGGAAUAAGUGGUCCUCUACGAAGUGGAUGCGAGUGAAUGAGUACAAGGUUUGAAUAUGUGACGAGAUAAAGGGAACAGUGUAAAAUCAUGUCUUCUCGUCAUCUGCCCUUACUGGUUGAAAGCUUGAAGGUUGAUAAGCUUCGAAGUGAACCUGCUAUCUUACAAUAUGCAGCCGUGUUCCUUCUGUCGACUAUGAUAUCCCACCAUUGGGAACCCCUUCCCACUGUCGCCAUAAAAAUAGGCUUAAUACACUUUUUUAGAGUUUGGAGCAGAACAGAUUGGAUACGUUUUGACAGUUCGAAGCAUACAGACUUGGGAAUUUUUGCGUUGAUAGAUACGACUUAGGAGUAUUUGUUGCAUUUGGUUUUUGAUUCGAUCGUCAGAAAAAGAGUUUUCCCCGGCUGUUCUGCCGUUCAAGAAAUGUAGUUGAAGAAUGAAUUUUCGCACUGGAGACAUCCGUUGGAAUCAUGGAGAUAUAAACACCAAAUAGUUUGGCGCUGGAUUGGAAUGUACUAUGUAGAGACUACCGAGGAGAGAGAAAUCCAUGCACAUAACUCAAGUAAAGAAGUAAUGCAUAACACAUAAUUAUUUCGCUUUUUUCCUUUUUGCAAUUUCGUUCCUUUGUUUUAUUCUGGAUUUAAAAAUAUAAUUUUGCACAAAAGUUGGUAGAAGGGUG